AAGAAGAUUAUUUGUGGAACGUACGUUCCGUUUAUCGACUAUAUCUGCAUCCCCCACCUCGAGUUGUGGCGAUUGCUCGACUUCAAUUCCACUCGAUAGAAGCGAAAUUCCGACGCACAUUCCGAGAUGCCGUCGUUGAAGAAUUUUCGCAUCGAGUUCGAUCGGUCGAGCGCUACUUACGCGCCCGGCGAAUUUGUUACCGGCAGCGUCAUCGUCGACUUGUCAAAAGAGAAAAAUUUCAGAGCACUGAAAUUAGUGAUUAAAGGAGAAGCUGCUGUUCACUGGCAAUCAAACAAGAGACCUAAGAAAUUGCCAGAACACGUUGAAUAUCUAAACACCGAGCUGUAUUUCCAUCAAAUUUAUUAUCUGUUAGGGAGUCCUACAGAUUCAGAAGUAUUGCUACCAGGAGGUUUUCAUACGUAUUCCUUNCAGUUUACAUUACCUCACAAUAUACCAUGUAGUUUCGAACAUNCGUUUGGCUAUAUCAGAUAUACAGCAAAAGCCAUCAUUGACAGACCAUGGAGAUUCGAUCACGAAUGCAAAACCGCAUUUACCGUGGUAACGCCUUACGACUUAAACGUCUACAAAUAUCAACGUCCCGGUGUAGAUGACGAGAUAACGGAAAACUUCUGCUGUUUCUGUUAUUUUGACAUGGGUUCAAUAAGAGCAAACAUUGUAAUACCGUCAACGGGAUUUGUUCCAGGACAAACGAUAAACACGAAAGUGUAUAUCAAUAAUAACAGCAGUAUCCAAGUGAGAAAGGUCUGCGUUAAACUAGAACGAAUCCUGGAGUUCUAUGCGCAAUCACCAUUUGAUGCGAUCAAAACAGAUAGAUCGAUCGUAAAAUCCGUUCACCAAAUAGGCGUACGCACGGAGGUAGUGUUACAUUUACUCGUACCACCAAUACCGCCAUCAGAGCUGAUGUAUUGCACUAUAAUAGAUCUGAAGUACAACUUACGCGUCACAAUUCACGUCUCAGGAAUGCAUUGCAGCAUUGUUAAGAAUUAUCCCGUCUUGAUCGGAACGAAUCCGCUACAUUCGACAGUUCCAUCUGCAUCUUACUACUCACAAUCACCAUCGCAGCCUACAGCUCCUGUGAUUGACUAUGACCUACCGCCACCGAUGCCGAUGCCGAUGCCGAUGUCAACAAACGAAUUUUCUUAUCCAGGACCAUCUCAACAGAUAGGCUUCGCCUCGACUCAAUCUGACACUUCCCCGACUAGUCAAUGGAAUUUACCACCACCAUCAUACGAGAAAUACAUGCAAACGGCGAGAAACAUCAAGGAUCGUGACGAGUCUAGUUACGUGUAUGGUGCCGAUAAACCUUUCGCACCGAGAUAUCCAGUUUUUAAUUUUUCAGCAUCGGGUAUAACAAUGAGAAAUUGUCUAUUAAAUACUUAUCUUAAUGUUUAACGUGACCAUACACAUGUAUCUUUAAUUUUUAUU